CAUUUACCAAAUGCCAAUGCGAAACGCCAAAGUACAUAAUUGCAGUUGCUCAUCUUAUCCAUUGGAAGUUAUAUGUUAUUGGUGAUAUUUUUCUAAAUGAAUUAGUGAUAUGCUGUUAGUUUCCACUCUAUAAAAUCAAAGUAGUGUUGAUAGUUUUUGUGUUUUGUGUACUUCGUGUGUUUCGUUCGUACUCAACAUUUUAUAAGUGUGUCGCCCAAUUCAAAAUGGCAGCAAGUGACCCAUCUACAGACGAUUCCCUCUACCCAAUAGCUGUAUUAAUUGACGAGUUGAAGAAUGAAGAUGUCCAGCUUCGGUUGAACUCAAUCAAGAAGCUGUCCACUAUCGCGUUGGCGCUCGGUGUGGAACGUACUCGCAGUGAAUUGAUCCCGUUCCUCACUGAGACCAUCUACGAUGAGGACGAGGUUCUGCUUGCGUUGGCCGAACAACUUGGAACCUUCACUCCUCUUGUUGGCGGACCGGAGUAUGUCCAGUAUCUGCUGCCACCGCUGGAGUCGCUGGCCACGGUGGAGGAGACUGUGGUGAGAGACAAAGCCGUGGAAUCUCUACGACUGAUCAGCUCACAGCACAGUCCUCAUGACCUUGAGACGCAGUUUGUGCCACUCGUACAGCGUCUGGCUCUCGGUGAUUGGUUCACUUCUCGCACCUCCGCGUGCGGACUGUUCUCCGUCUGUUACUCUCGCGUCAGUCCUGCUGUCAGAGCGGAUCUUCGUAACCAUUUCCGCAACCUGUGUCAAGACGAUACCCCUAUGGUACGACGAGCUGCUGCCAGCAAAUUGGGCGAGUUUGCUAAGGUCGUUGAGGUAGAAUACCUCAAAUCUGACCUCAUCCCCAUGUUUGUCAACUUGGCUCAGGAUGAACAGGAUUCCGUACGACUAUUGGCUGUGGAGGCGUGUGUCAGUAUCGCCACCCUGCUCCAACAAGAAGACGUAGAGCAGCUAGUAAUGCCAACUUUACGCCAGUGUACCGGCGACACCUCGUGGAGGGUACGCUACAUGGUGGCUGACAAAUUUACUGAGCUACAAAAGGCAGUUGGACCGGAGAUCACCAAGACAGACUUGGUGCCUGCGUUCCAAUCCCUGCUGAAGGACACUGAGGCUGAAGUCAGGGCGGCCGCGGCUCACAAGGUGAGAGAUUUCUGCCAGAACCUAGAUCAUCAUCAACAGGAGGGCAUCAUCAUGUCCUCCAUCCUGCCCUACGUCAAGGAGUUGGUGGCCGACCCCAACCAACACGUCAAGAGUGCUCUCGCCUCCGUCAUCAUGGGACUGUCACCAAUCCUGGGCAAAGUCAACACAAUUGAACAUCUACUACCUCUGUUUUUGUCACAACUUAAAGACGAGUGUCCUGAAGUGAGAUUAAAUAUUAUAUCCAACUUGGACUGUGUAAAUGAAGUCAUUGGAAUCCAACAGCUGUCACAGUCAUUGCUGCCGGCCAUCGUGGAGCUGGCCGAGGACUCCAAAUGGCGUGUGAGGCUGGCCAUCAUAGAGUACAUGCCAUUGCUGGCUGGCCAGCUAGGCGUGGAGUUCUUUGAUGAAAAACUCAACACGCUCUGCAUGGGCUGGCUUAUAGACCACGUGUACGCUAUCCGAGAGGCGGCCACGCAGAAUUUAAAGAAGCUGGUGGAGAAGUUUGGAGCAGAGUGGGCGCAGAACACUGUGAUUCCCAAAGUUUUGGCCAUGUCCAGGGAUACCAACUAUCUGCAUCGCAUGACCUGUCUCUUCAGCAUCAACCUUCUGGCUCCAGCAUGUGGUCCGGACAUCACGGUGAGGUUAAUGUUGCCAACAGUGAUCGGCAUGGCCAGCGACUCUGUGCCCAAUGUUAGGUUCAAUGUGGCCAAGACUCUGCAGAAGAUAGGACCUGUCCUCGACCCCAACUGCAUCCAAACACAAGUGAAACCAGUUUUAGAAAGACUGAAUGUGGACACGGACGUGGAUGUCAAGUAUUUCGCAUCAGAAGCCAUCGCCGGCAUUGCAGCGUAAACCUGAAGAGAGCAAUGAACAUUUUCCAUUCUUCUUUUGACGGAAUCAUUACCCAUGGUGACCUAGGGGCUAUCCAUAUUGUGUUAAAAUACAUCCAUUGUAAUAGUGUUAUGCGCCUGUCACAAAUUAUCAAUCAUAUGUGUUAUAUCUUUUUAAGUUAAUUUAUGAAAUAAAAACUGUAACAUAAUAUA